AUGGCUCUCAAAUAUGAAUUACUCCAGGGUCCUUCUCUACAGAGAUCAAAUGAGCUGAUAAACAGAGGCCUGUCCCAGCGAAGCUGCUUCUUAGGUGUCGAGACACAAGCUGUGCUAGUCUGGGAGAAGUGGGAACUGGGCAAAGAAUACACUAAAACCCUCCAGCUAAACAAUGUGCACAGUAAAUUGCUGAAGCUACGCUUCAGACCUCCCAAGUCCAAAUUCUUCACCACACCGUACCCUCAGACCAUCAGCCUGAGUCCUGGGCUGUCUUUUUCCCUCCCUGUCACUUUCCGCCCUCUUGAAAAGUGUGAGUAUGUGGACAGCAUUGAGUUCCAGGGUAAAGAGGGUUCGUUCCAGGUGUCCCUACAGGCCGCUGUCCCUCAGCACAUGCUGGAGCUGCCUGAGUCUGUGCUGCUGCCCCCGUGCGCCGUCCACCACUCUUCCCAGACCACUUUCCUCUUCCGCAAUGCCAGUAAGCUGCGGACAGGCUUCAGAUGGGAACUGGCCUCUCCCUUCCAGCUGAGUCCUGACUGUGGGGUGUUGGAGCCAGGAGAAGAGCGCCGUCUCACUGUGCUUUUCCACCCACAGGGGGCGCUGGUGUACCAGAGGGAGGCGCGCUGUCUUUUUGGUGAUGAAGGAGAGAGUAGCUGUACACUGCUCGUGCGUGGACUGUCUAAGUACCCUCUCCUGCAGAUCAGGUCCCAGGAGCAAGAUCAACACAGUGGACUACUGGACUUUGGCAGUGUGGCGGUGGGGGCGACUGUAGAAAGUCACUUUGAAAUAUAUAAUUCUUCCUCAGUGAGUGCUCAUUUUACUCUUUCCUGGUUGCGGCGGUCAGCUCUGCUGGACCGCGUGUUUCGUUGUGAGGUGCGUGAGGGUCUUCUUGCCCCUCAGUCGGCUUUAAAAGUGCCUGUGUGUUUCUCUCCCUGCUGUGUGGACACCAGCAGUGUAGACUAUCUUAGUCUUGCCUGCCCUGGAGCUGUUAGCAAAAACCUGCUCAAAGUCACAGGCACCUGCUUUGGUCCUUCAGUGUCCCUGAGCUCCCCCAUGUUGAAUUUUGGUUGUGUGGAGGAGGGAGGAGAGGCCUCAUGCACGGUACAGAUCACUAACUCCUCCACAGUGCCUGCAUACUACCAGUUUGACACAGACACCAAUGGCCACAGCGUCUUUACCAUAGACCAACCCUGUGGUACAUUGGCAGCCAAUAGCAACCUCACCCUCUGCGUUUGUUUCCGCCCCCAUCACCCCAUUGCUCACCACAGGAGAGUGGCCUGCCUGGUCCUCCACAGGGAGCCUCUUUUUCUGGAUUUGAUUGGCACCUGUCACUCAGAGCAACAGAAGCCAAGCAUCUUGAGUCCUAGACACUUGCAUAUGUACAGAAAGCACCUGCAGCGUGGGCUCACCUCAUACCCACCCGACCUGCUCAGUGACAUGCUGGCAGAAAACAAACUCCGAUUGGAUGAAGACGAAACGCUUCUGUUACAAGAGGUUUCCUCAGAGAAUUCAGACGUGUUCCAGUCUUUAGCAGACAGAAAACCAGAAGAGGAGUAUUACCACAGUAAUGGUGUAGACUGCAGAGGUAAAGAAUCCCAGAGCUCACCUUUUUCCCAUGUCACCGUUCAGCCCACUGAACUACUCUUCUACAGUGAGCCAGCAUCCCAGUAUGUGUAUGUCACCAAUCACACCAAAGGCAAACUCAGUCUGCUCUGGACCUCUGCCGAAAACUCACCUUUCUCUGUCUCCCCCUCCACCUGCGAGCACCUGGGCCCACUGAAAACCACAACUUUCAGAGUCACCUACAACCCCAAGGAACACAACACGUUUCACGCUGCCCAACUGGAGUGCUUCGCCCUGUACACGCUACUCCGUGAUCAUUGUUACACAGAGGAUCAGACACUCUGUCCAUCCUGGUGCAUCAGAGUUAGAGUGAGUGGUCACUCUUUCCAGCCUGGGAAAGAGCACUUCAUCCCGCGCCUCUGUGUCCAGCAGCCCCGAGUGUUAUUUCCUGCGCUAAAUCAGGUGGCGUACCGGAAUGUCCUACUGCAGAACACAGGAGACCUGCCCCUCAUUUUUAAACUGGAUCCAAAGGAAUGUCCUUCUGUCUGUGUGCUGCCAUCUAGUGGCAUGAUCCUGCCUGGCAGUCACCAGAUCUUAAUGCUAAGGUCGCUCCCUGCUGAGGAUCACCCUGUGAAUCUACCACUGAGGCUGCAGCUAAAUGGCCUCCCAAAUCACAUACAGGAGCUGAGUGUUGUAUCUAGAGUGGAGAGGGCACAUGUUGCUAUUGAAGGGGAUGGGGAGGUUUAUUUUCAGCCCACAGCGGUGGGCGGCUGUUCCCAGCGUUCCCUGUGGGUGCGAAACAUGAGCUCCUUCCCUCUGCAGUUCCAGUGGAAGGUCUGGAGUCCCGACGCGCGGGUCCUGUCAGUGCAGCCAAACUCAGGCCCGCUGCUACCUGGGGAAUCCAAAAUGCAGACGUGGUCUUUCAGCCCUGCAGAGGAGAAGUUAUACAACAUGAAGGCCAGUUUGUCUUUCUGGCCCAGACACUCAGAGGCCUGUAAGAGAUCUCGAAUCACUGUGAAGGCACUGGGAAUGGCUGCCAAAGGCAACAUAGAGGCUGAGUGGUCUGUAUUGGAGCUGGGGGACCUGUUGGUGGGAGGCUCUAAGACCUUUGAGAUUCCUCUGUUUAACAGAGGCUCCUGUCCAGCCUGCUUCUCCCUGACCGUGCACCAGAGUAUUGUUUGCCCAGACUCCCCUGAGACCGUCUAUGUAGACCCUCUUGCCAUGGAGUUAGACGUGUUGUCAGGCACCAUCCCAUCCUGCUCCCGAUUGCUGAUCCGAUCCACGGUACAGCCGGCUCGACGAGUCCAUUACUGCUGGACUAUCAGCUACCAGACUGUCAAUGCCUCAGGCUGUGCUGUGGGCAACCCUGAGAGUCUGUGCAGGGUGCAGGGGGAGGGUGUGUACCCCUGUAUGGGGGUCACUGAUGCCUGUGGCUGUGGCAGUGUGGAGGGAUUGAGUAAACUGCAGCUCUGGAGCCUCUUCUCUCUGGACACCCUCAACGCCCAUCUCCGCCGAGACCCCUCCCCGAACGAGCUCACCUACAGGGUACCAACCAGACACAGUUUGCGCCGUUGCCCACCCGUCUUCACCUCAGACAUGGUUGAUUUUAACUUCAGUGCCGCAUCCCUGGGUUCCGACCCCUCCAGUGUUUUACUGAUGUUUGAAAACACUGCCAACAUCCCGGUCCAGUGGUCUUUUCUGUACCCAGAGGACCAGCAGAUAGAGCUGGAGUACUGGGCAGAGAGUGGAGACUUCACCCCCACCGAGCUCCAUCAGAUGAAGGUUCGAGACAACAGGCUGUUUUCCAUCUCACCUCGCUCUGGAAAGCUCCUACCAGGCCAGCAGAGGGCAGUGCAGUUCACGUACAGACAUGACUUCACUGGGACUAAUCGUCUGCCAGUCCUGCUGAAGCUCUCUUAUGGAAGAGAAAUACUGCUGAAUUUUCUUGGUAUAACGGUGGAGAGAGACAGAAGCUACAUUUAUUUUGCAUCCACCAAACACACAUUUAGCCCUGUGGCUAUUGGAGGAUUCAGUCCCCCUAAACAGGUUUACGAACUCUAUAACGGAGGUGCUCUCCCAGUGACAUACCACGUGGAUACAUCUCCUCUGGAGCAGCUGAUGGAGGAAAACUUUAACCACCCUGUGUUGCAGUGCCUUACCCCAGAUGGGGAAGUGCAACCUGGGUGCACUGCACAGCUGGAGUGGGUCUUGUCACCUUUGGAGGCGAAAACUUACAGUGUGGACAUCCCGAUUCACGUGGUUGGUGGUGACUGUACUCUGGUGACAUUUGAGGGCUGUGGAGUCCAUGACCGUGGUCUCGGAAGGUCAAAACCAGUCCAGCUGCACACUCACCAUCUCUCAGUGCCCCACACUCAGCGUGUGCCCUUUCCUGGACAGAUGGGGUUUCUGUCUGAGGAGAUGGUGUCUUUUGGUGAUGUUCCUGUCUGGACACGGAGCACUCGCAUUCUGUUUCUCAGUAACGUCUCACACACCGAUAGAAUCCUGUACACGUGGAGGCUGACUGACCAAAGCUGCCAGCAGGCGGUAAAGAUCCAUCCUGUCAGUGGGACUCUAAUGGCAGGAGAGAGUGCUCUCUGUAUCAUAACUCUGCAAACCUCCGGCACCCCCACCUUUUACCAGUUAGACCUCGUCUGUGAGGUGACUGCUGAGAAGGAGUUAAUCAGGUACCAUGCAGACCUGCAGCAGUGGCAGGACAACGCAGAGAGACAGAAGCAUGAGUUCACUCUGACCGAGAAAGACGUGACACACACUAUCCGCAGCCAGCAGGACAAGAGAGCCCAGAACCUGCCUCCCAUCCAUAGAAGCAGCAGCAGUGCUGUAGCUGGAGGACCAUACGGGAGGUCCAGUAAGACAGAGAGGAGCACUCUCCGUCAGACAGACCAGGCCAGGAGAGCACCUCAACCUCCCCGUCCUGCCCUGCUUCAUCUGGGAGUCACAGCCAGUUCCCACUCCCUACUGGAGUACCAGACUCACUUCCCCGCUCUGUUUAAAAGUCACUACGUUAGCAGGUGUCACAAGCCUGAAACCAUCCGGUCUGGAUCAAGUGACAGCCAACAGGAUUCUACAGUCCUUCCAUCACUCAGCCAUGGCCCAGUGAGAGACAUCAUAACCGGUGUACUCGCCUCCGUUCUCGGGAGCCUCCUGGAUGAGCCUCAGUUCCGACAGUCUCUGGUCAACUGCGUGAACGAACCUGUGCCCUAUUUCUCUCAGCUGGGGCAAGUCCAAACCAGCCCCUCCACCGCUGUCCCUCCAUCUGAUGAGACCUCCUCUCCUAGAACAGGAACAGUAUCUUCUAGCCCAGUACCAGAUCAGCGGCAUAGGGACGGUCGUCACAGUGUGUUUCAGUCAGAAGCCGAUGUAAACGGUGUAUGUGAACCAGACAUACAGCAGAGGGAACUGCAACAAGAGCAAAUGCUAAACAUACAGGAGACCAUUCGCAGGUCAGCUGAGUUUGGGGAACUGGUGGAGGACAUUCUGCUGAACACGCUGCAGAACCUGAUGAUGGAGGCUUUCCUGGGGGAGCUGGACCUGACCGCCAAGCCGCGGAUCAUCGCUCUACCGCCCAUCUCGCCGAGGAGAAACAGCUGUGGCUCCCGGAGGCCUUCCAGGGGACACACCAAAUCUGAGAGAAGCAGAGAAGUUCAGGGGCGGUGGGGGGCCCACAGGGCACCCUACAUGCCUCUCUCUGCACUGCUGUCCAAACUGUGGACUCACAGCUGA